UAAAUUUAAAAAUUCUAAGUGCUGUUUUUUAGAACCUUUUUUAAAUGAUUUGAAGAAAUAAGUUCUUUGGAACCCACAAUACUUUGUUUACAACCGUAAACUAUCCAGAAUACCAUUGUACUUGCUGUCUGUAAAAUUGUAAAAAGUCAAAAGUAAUAUAAAACAUUAAAGCAAAGAGAAUAAAAGGGAUGGCUGGGCCUUAGGGCUGACUCGGGAGUUAAGACACUUGCUAUGCUUUCAGAGCCCCUGAUUCUGUUCUCAGCACCCUGUUGAGUAUCUCCCAACAGCCUGUUACUCCAGUCCAGGGGAUCUGACACUGCCUUCAGGGUAUCUCACACAUACAUGCAUACACUUUGAAAUAAUGUUUGUAAAAGUUGACUAAGGGUAUAAUAACAAAUGUUUCCUCACAUUUACAGGUACACAUAGCCCUCAGACUACAAAAUGAAUUCUGUGAGCUGGAGGCUGUGGAGCCUGUCUGUAAUCCAAGUGCUUGGGAGGUGAAGGCAGGUUGAUUUAGAAAUUCAAGGUCAUCUUUGGCUACAUAGCUAGUUUGAGGCCAAGUGAUUGCUAGAGCAGAGUGCUCCACCACAGAGUUCUUUCUCCAGCCCUCAUUUUUCAUUUACUUUGUGUCUCACUAAGUUGGCUGGGCUCGUAGCCCACUCUUGACCUUGCAAUCCUCCUGCCUCAGUCUCCUACAUAGCUGGGAGUGCAGACCUACCAUCAGAACAGCCCCAAGAGCCAGCUAUGUGUCCAGGCCUUGCUUUACACCUUUGUUUACUGGUUGCAGUACUUCCUCUUCUGAGGACCUUACUUGCCCACAGUGUUUUCAGAUUGUUUUGACCUUUUUCAAUUCACCAUAGAUUGUACAUAGCCAGAAGAAAGCGUUUCAUGUAAAAAGAGAAUUACAAAGCCAUUCUCCAGAUUGUUACAGAGUCUUUCUUAGCUGGAAGUCCUUGGUGUGGAAGUUCAGGUGGUUGCUCGAGCCUCGCUUGGCUGGAAUGAGGUGUGACAUCUUCACAACACCUGCAGCAUGUGAUGCUGUUUCCACAACGUGUUUAGUGAAGCGGCCUAAGGAUUAUCCUAAAGCUGGAUUCUUCAUCUAUAAACAUGCAUCAUUCUGUAUCAUUCUGGAGUCCUUAUCUAUAAGCAUGCAUCAUUCUGUAUCAUUCAUUCUUUAUGCCCGCGAUGGCUGCUGCCAGCAGACUUGUCUAUACUUAAAGAGUAUAUCUUGACUUGAUAAAGAGUAUUAUCAAAUUCUGUUACUGGCUGGGCGCACACCGGCUGCUUCAUUCAUCUAUUUUAACGAGUCUGAAAUGUAUUUGGAAGUAAAUUUCUCCACAAAUGAUCUCUAGUGUUUCAUCUGAAUUGCUUAUGCCUUAAUCAUAUUUGUAUAUCCAGCACACAGUAGAGUGCCUUGCUCAUCGCCAAGCUCUUAGAAAAUGUGGGCUGCGUGAAGAGGGAAAUUUGCCUUUCAUAUAUUGUUGAAAGGACAGUAGGUAAAUAAACGUGGGGGUGCAGCGCCACGUCUGGAAUUUGAAUCAAGGUUUACAGUUACGUAGGAAAAAACGCCAUUUAGCAGGAGUGCAGCAUAGAAACGUUUUAACUCACUGUAAAACACUGAAACCAAAGGAAAGGAAGGGGAAGUCUGGCCCUCAAUUCUGGUCCUGGGGAGGGCAAAAGUGGGCUGGGGCCGGCGAGGCCAAUCAGCGGGUGGAAGCCGGGGUAGCCAGUGGUAACCAGUGACGGCGGAGGGCUCAGUCUCCGCCCAGCUGCGUCGAGCACCUGCUCCCAGUCGGUUGCAGCGUUGCUAGCUGGGCGCAGGGUGAGAGCCAGGUGAGCACCCUCGGGACGAGGACGAAGCGGGAACCGCACCCGCACACCCGCGCUGGACUGGAGCGUGCUGUCGGAUGAACGUCCUUUAUGGUCUGGGAAGGCCCUGCCAUUUGCACGGUGGUGGAAGUUGGGGCCGAGUCGGCACCCUGGGGUUGCUGGGACGGACUGCUGACUGCUUCAACCCGGGGGACCAUAGCCCACGCCGAGAGAAGGACUCCCGACCCAGGCGCCUGCAGCCAUGACUGCUAAGGAUUGCCCAUCAUUGUGGGGCUUUGGAACAACAAAGACAUUUAAAAUUCCUGUUGAGCAUUUGGAUUUCAAGUAUAUUGAAAAAUGUUCAGAUGUGAAACACCUGGAAAAAAUUCUUUGUGUGCUGAGGUCCGGUGAAGAAGGUUAUUAUCCUGAACUCACGGAAUUUUGUGAAAAGCGCCUCAGGGGCAUGGCUCCUGAAAGUCGAGCUCUGAGGAAAGACAGGCCUGCAGCGACUGCAUCCAGCUUUACAGCAGAGGAGUGGGAAAGAAUUGACAGCGAUAUGAAGAGUUGGGUGUCAGAAAUCAAAAGAGAGGAAAACACAAGGCACUUCCACGACCCCGAAACACAACCAGGAGUGGAAGAUCAUUUGCCUCCAGUUCGUGGCUCUAACAGCGGCCCUCACAGUGGCAAGGAAACAUAUUCUAGAAGUAAGCCAGUUAAGAAGAAAAUUCCAAGGGCUUAUGCAGAGUGGGAUAAAUUUGAUGUGGAAAAGGAAUGUUCAAAAAUUGAUGAAGAUUACAAAGAAAAGACUGUAGUAAACAACAGGGCUCAUUUGUCUAAAAUUGAGACAAAAAUAGACACAGCAGGUCUGACUGAGAAGGAGAAGCAUUGUCUUGCCAGUCGUGAAAAGGGGAAAGGAAAUGAGGCUUUCUACGCAGGGGAUUAUGAAGAGGCCGUGAUGUAUUACACCAGGAGCUUGUCCGCCCUUCCCACCGUGUCGGCCUACAACAAUCGAGCUCAGGCGGCCAUCAAACUACAGCAGUGGGGCAGUGCUCUCCGAGACUGUGAACAGGCCCUGGAGCUAGAUCCGGGAAACAUAAAAGCUCUGCUGAGACGUGCUACUGCGUACAAACAUCAAAACAAGCUCCAGGAGGCCAGGGAGGACCUGAAGGAAGUGCUGUGUGUGGAGCCUCACAAUGAUCUGGCCAAGAAAACCUUGUCAGAGAUUGACAGCAAUCUGAAGAAACCAGAGCCUGCCUCUGAGCCCCAAACCAGAGGGAAAAAGAUGGUUAUUGAGGAAGUCGAGAACUCUGCAGAUGAAAGUGAAAAGGGAAUAGGAAAUAAACGUGAAGAUGGUGGUGUGGAUCCGGCGGCGGCCAGCGCCAUGGGCAACAUCCAGAAGAAGCUGAUGGGCCGGAGCCAGGGCAGCAGGCGGUCGCGGCGGGGCCGGACCCCGGGGCCCCGAGGCGAGCAGCUGGGAGGUCUGCAGGAGGCAGAGACGGAGGGUAGCGCGGACAACCCGCACCCCGGGGAGCCCCGAGCCGCCGACGGUCCCAUUGGGCUCAAGAGCCACGGCAACCAGCUGUUCCGCAGCGGGCAGUUCACCGAGGCGGCCGCGCAGUAUUCGGCGGCGAUAGCACAGCUGGAACCUGCAGGAAAUGCAAGUGCGGAUGAGCUAAGCAUCUUGUUUUCGAACAGAGCAGCAUGCUACCUCAAAGAAGGGAACUGCAGCGGCUGCAUCCAGGAUUGUAACAGGGCUCUGGAACUUUGUCCAUUCUCAGUGAAGCCUCUUCUGCGACGAGCAGUGGCCUAUGAAACCUUAGAGCAAUAUGGGAAAGCUUACGUGGAUUAUAAGACAGUGCUGCAGAUAGAUUCUGGAAUCCAGCUGGCAAGCAGCAGCAUUAACAGGAUAACAAAGCUCUUAAUGGAGCUAGAUGGACCAGAAUGGCGGGAGAACCUUCCGCCCAUCCCAGCUGUACCCGCGUCUGAGCCGCUGCGAGUCUGGCACCGUGCUGCAGAGACCCCAGACCCAGAGCCACAUCCCAGUGGCUGCCUACCCAGCAUCACAGAUGAAAAAAUGUUUCAAGUCCUUAAAGAAGAAGGAAAUCAACUGGUAAAGGAUAAAAACUAUAAAGACGCCAUUAGUAAAUACAGCGAAUGCUUACAAAUGAACAGCAAGGAGUGUGCCAUAUAUACAAACAGAGCUCUCUGUUACUUGAAGCUGGGCCAGUUUGAAGAGGCAAAGCUGGACUGUGACCAGGCGCUUCAGCUAGACGGAGCAAAUGUGAAAGCCUGUUACAGACUAGCGCUCGCCCAGAAAGGACUCGAGAAUUGCCAGGAAAGCUUAGCUGACCCCAGUCAACAGCCAGAUACGGGUGAGGCAAAGAUGGAGCUGCAAGAGGCCACCAGGCACCUAGAUACUAAGGACGGUGCAGUGCCUCCCAGCAAAGGAAGAGAGAGGAAGAGAAUCGAAGUCCAAGAGGUUAAUGAAAGCAGUGAUGAGGAGUGUGAGAGAGCUGCAGAGGCCCCUGCCGCUUCCCUGCCCGCCAAGGAGAGAGUUGGAGAUGGAGAGUCUGUAGAACGCUCUGGAAAACUUGAGGUCUCCAAGCCUAGGAAUGCCUAUGAGUUCGGACAGGUGCUAAACACUAUCUGCACCAAGAAAGACACAGAGGCCUGUGCACACCUUUUAGCCAUCACUGCACCCAGAGAUCUGCCAGUGUUGCUAAGUAACAAACUGGAAGGGGACAUGUUGCUCCUCCUCCUUCAGUCGCUCAAGAGUCACCUUGUGGCUGAGGACCCCUUGCUGGUGUAUGAGCAUCUCCUGUAUCUGAGCCGAGCAGAGAGGUUUGAGAUGACCCUGACACUAAUUAACAAAGGCCAAAAGGAGCAGAUGGCGCAGCUGCUUGACAGCCUGUCACAGGCCCGGGCCGAGCGUUUCACUGCCGAGGAUGUGCAGGCCCUAAGGAGGCAGUACUUGCUUUGACAUCCCAACGCUCCGAGCCAGCAUGGAGGCACAGUCCCAUGGCAAAGCUACACCCAGAAGGACCCUGUUGGACUGCUGGACAUUGUACUUAUUUUUAUAUCCAUAAUAUAUAUAUUCCACAAUCUGGUUUUUAUUUGUUGUAAAUAUUAUCUUCUUUAGACAACACCUUUAUAUUUAAUAACUAUAUUCAGAACUUGGCAAAUUACAUUAUAAUUUAUAGUACAUAUUUUCAUUUGAUGAUAUACCAGUAAAAAAAUUAAAUUAUAUUUCUUUGCCUGGGCAAUUCCUUCAGAUUUGAUAGGAAUGAAUGUCUUUAGUUCUUUAAAAGGAAAUGUUAACAGUGAUGAUUCUACCACUUUCUAUACCACUCAGAUAUGCACAAAAUCCAUGUUAGAGUAGUGGCUUAUUGUCAGUUGAGAUGAAAUACAACACAUGUCUAUAAGAUCAUUAUUAGUUUAUUAAUUUAGAGCCAUAUUUUUUCUAAUAUGAAAACAAACAUUGCCUAAUAAAAAUUGCCAAAACCCCAAUCAUUUUUUACUAUGUGACUUUCCUUAUAUAUAUGGCCUAUAAGCAAUAAAACUAUAUGAAACA